AUCGGCCUGGGCACUGGUCUCCGCCCCCAGCCUGCGCGCGUCACAUUCUUCAGGUCGAGACUACUUAGGGGGUGUUUAUUUUUAACGCGGAAGGAGAGCUGAUAUUUUUCUAAAGAGGAGUACCGGUGGUUGGACUGUAUGUUGGCUACACGUUCCUUUUUGUUUUGUCUGUAAUACCGUGACUGGCCCCUUUUCCCUAGUACAUUUCCGGCCCAGGUUGAUUCCUCCCCUUUGGUUUCAAGAUCAAGACUAAGUAAGCUACAGGCCAAAUCGGACAGUUGGAGGAAAUGAACUGUGAGUAGGCCCAGGCCAUACUGGGUGAAUUUUUCUGUCUGACCCCCAAUCUACAAGCAGUAUCGUGAUCUCCUUUUUUAUGACAGUUUAUCUUUGUGUUACUUCAGCGUAUGUACUUCGCCCUAUGUUACCAGAGAGCCACGGCCCUGUAACGCAAUGUGCCUUUGUCAAACCAUGGAUGUGGGUAACUAUGGCAAGAUUGCAGGAGUGCAGAGAGGCAGGGGUGUGCUCCUGGAACCCUUCAUCCAUCAGGUGGGCGGGCACUCCAGCAUGAUGCGAUAUGAUGACCACACAGUGUGCAAGCCCCUUAUCUUACGAGAACAUCGCUUUUAUGAAUCUCUUCCUCCUGAAAUGAAGGAGUUUACACCGGAAUACAAAGGUAAAUUACUACAAGUCAGGGAUGUGUCCAGAUUCAAACACUUGGGUAACAUUCUGUGUGAAGGUGAAGUUCGGACUGGUAACAUUCCAUGUGAAGGAGAAGUACAGACUGGUGACAUUCCAAGUGAAGGAGAAGUUCAGACUGGUGACAUUCCGUGUGAAGGAGAAGUUCAGACAGGUGGCAUUCCACUGUCUCUGCUGUAUCGGGAGACUUUGAUCCAAGAAAUGAAGAGCCCGAAGGUGGAUGUACAUAUUCCAACAGAUGUUCCUUUCCAGAUGUUGGAUGGAAACAGUGGACUUGCAUCAGAGUGUAAUGCCUACAACCCUUGGAGUCUUCAGUGUCACAAACAGCAGCUGAAUCGUAUGCGUUCUGAAUCGAAAGACCGAAAACUGCAUAAAUUCUUGCUCUUGGAGAACGUAGUGCAUCAUUUUGAAUAUCCAUGUAUACUGGAUUUGAAAAUGGGGACCAGGCAGCAUGGAGAUGACGCAUCAGAAGAAAAAGCAGCGAGGCAGAUGCAGAAGUGUGAGCAGAGCACAUCUGCAACUCUUGGAGUUCGGGUUUGUGGUAUGCAGGUGUAUCAGAUCGAUACUGGUCAUUAUCUUUGUAGGAAUAAGUAUUACGGCCGAGGACUUUCAAUAGAUGGUUUCCGACUUGCACUUUAUCAAUACUUGCAUAAUGGCAAAUAUCUACGUAAGGACCUCUUUGAGAUUAUUUUGGGGAAGCUUCACUCUCUAAGAACCGUCCUGGAGAAACAGAAUUCUUAUCGAUUUUACUCCAGUUCCCUUCUCAUCAUAUAUGACGGAAAGGACCCCAUUCUAGAACUUCGGCACAAAUGUUUGGACCUGUCUAUUCAGGAAGACAUGCAGCAACUCACCAGCAAAUCUUACGAUAGUUGUUUUUCCCAGCCACCAAAAGUGGAUGUCCGCAUGAUAGAUUUUGCGCACAGCACAUUUAAGGGAUUCCGCGAUGAUAAAACUAUCCAUCACGGGCCUGACAAAGGAUAUGUAUUUGGUCUGGAUAGUCUAAUAGAUAUUCUGCAACAAAUUAGAGACGAAAACCAAUCGUGAUGAACUUGCAUCUGUUGUCACUACAAAGGGACCCUUACUGCUUCUGCUGUGAAUUGAGGAGCUUACAUGUAGCAGGUGGUUUUCUCCUUUGGGGAAUGUCAUGCAUACAUGAAGUUGUAACUAGGAAAACUUUAGCAUGACCACCUAACACCUGUUUCAUUCACGAAUGUAAAGCCAAGUCACCUCUAGCUCCAAAGUGUUGGUCUUCGAUAAAUGGUGCAACUCAAUUUUGUUGUACAAAUACAGUCCCUGUCUGUGUGAAAUAUGUGAUCUUGUACUUUUUUUUUUUUAAAACAAGGCACUGAAGUUACCACCCCACCUUUUUUUUUUUAGCUUGUUUAAUUGUGGAGUUGGAUGGAUUGUGCUUGCUUUUCUGUUUUACAUUCUUGAAUGUCUGACAUAGUUAUAGCCAGUGAAUGAAGGCUCAGGUUUUUACUUGGGGACUACUUGCUGUGCUGAUUUUGGCAGCCCCAGUCCCAUUUUUAAUUGGUGCCAGUGUUUGGUGGGUACUUGUAUGGGACUUUACAAAACUGAUGUAGACUUUGCAACUGAGAAUAGGGGGUUUCCAACCCUUUUGAAUACAGCACGUUUUAAAUAGAUUUGAAGAAAUCUAGUGUUUGUGAACACUUGAUAGGUGUUCUGCAUCUGAGAUGUCAUAUUAAUAGUCUGACCACUUUUCUGGCCUUUAUUUUUCAUGAUUUUAUGCCCGUUUUAGUGCAUUGCGUAAGUGAAUACGGACAACUUUAGAGUCAGCUAGAUGUUACAGAAAGCUGAAAUACAAGCCAUGGACCAGUGUUUUCUUAAUGGGGGGAAUGCAAUACUUGGAAAGAGUUUCUUAAGAGCUAUUGUACCUUGUUGAGAAGAAGGAGUUAAUUUAUUGUUGUGGCAGAGUUAUUCUUAAAGAAUGUUCGGACUUGAGUUUUGACCCUUUGCUUAACUUCUGUCGUGUGUCAAGUCUAGUCUGCUAUUUCAGCAUUGUAAAAUCCACAUGCUUCUGUCAUCUUACUGGAACUUGACUCCACAUUUAAAGUAAAUGGUUGUAACUGAUAGGUUAGGGUCAUCCCCAUUUCACAGCUCUGUCUUGUAAAAAUGUUUCACUUGCUGCUGUAGUUUAAAAAUCAGUUGUGGUUGUCAAGCAAUUCUGUGUUAGCUCAUGAACAUUUUUGCUGUCCGGAGCUUCCACUCUGCAUUUCUGGCAACAGAUCUGUCUUCAUUCGUUCAGAAGUCUGUUGCUUUCAUUUUGAACUACAGAGCUUUUAAAAUGGCCAUCUUAAAAACUAGUGCUUUGUAGACAGGGACGGGUGAUGAACGAAUGUGCUUUCUUAGUGUUUCUCCUGAUACAGUCAUUGUUUGCUCUACAGAGAAACACAAUGCAUUUUACACUUUAUUCUUGCACAGAUUGUUGUAUUAAUAGCAGUUACAGCUCUCUUGCCUUAGUGGUAUAAUGCUGUUCCUGGCACAGGUCUCCUCAGUUUCUGAAAACGUUGACCUAGAGUACACCGUAAAUUCAGGGCCUACUUUCUCUGAUCAGAACUGACGUUAAACAGCUUACCAACUCACACUGCAUUAAAAGUGACACACUUUUUUCAGUGUAAAACUGUGAAAGAAAAGGUAUCCGUUUCGUUCACAUGUAACAUGAAGAGGUUCGGAAGAAAAGCCAUGUUUUCUUACAGGGCAAAGCCUCCAUCCCCAACUCUCAUGGUCCCCUUCAUCUAAAUAUAACAACUUUGAGAUGUAUUGUCAUUGAAAAUGAGGAAAAAUUCAAGUAUUCUCCUCCCUCAGGUUACGCAUUCUUUUGAAGUUUAGUCUAUUUACAAAUCAAAGACUUUAUAUAACUACA